AUGGCGUCGUACUUUAUGCCAUCGUUCUUCCAGAAGCGGCUUCUCAAAUAUGCCCUAUCUCGUCUGGGCCUAGUCGACACAGAGGCCUUGGAUCCAGAUAACCUAGGUAUCUGCUGGGGACAACGGUCCACCUUCGAGUUGAAGAAUAUUGGCCUCAAAUUAGAAAAAUUAUCGACUCUACUCAAUCUUCCUCCCUCGUGUGAACUGCUCAGCGCCCGAGUUCAGCUCCUUCGAAUCACGCUUCCUGCCGAUUUCCACAAUAGCGGGAUCCUGUGCGAGGCGAACGGUAUCGACGUACAUAUUCGGAUACUCUCAGAGGAACCGAAAAAGGGACAACACGGGCAAGGGAAAGGCGGAAAGUAUGACGUUCCGGCGGUGCCCACACCGUCUGAUCUUGCAGAGUCAUUCCUUGAAUCCGAGCCAAAGGAGGAAAAGGAAGAGCUGCAAGCCGCAAUAGCGUCACAGUCCCAGGUUCUGCCCCAUGACCCUUUAGCCUGGUCCGUCGAUGACGAUGACGAGCUUGGUCUUGGGAAUGAGACUCUGUCACUGCCAAGCUUUGUGGCCGGGUUCUUGAAAGGCGUUGUGGAUCGAUUCGAACUCAGGAUAAAAGAUGCAGUUGUGCGAGUGGACAUGGAGUUGAAGCAGGACGGGAUGUCAAAACGCCAACCUGAACAUAAGCCGGACCUUGUCGCAGGUCUGUUGAGCGUCGGGAAAAUCGAUGUACACGGGGUAUCUGAAAAACCCGUUGGCACAGAGGAAGGUCUCCCUUUCCGAGAAGGGAAGCGACUCAUCUCAAUCGCCGAUAUCAAUGUUGGUCUGGUUUCGGACCCGUCGGUGUUCUCAAAUUACUCCCGCUUCGUUGCCCCUGCAUCUCCGACGACAACUAUGCGGUCAAAAGGGAGCCUGCCAUCAAGCAGAGCGCCAUCACCAUCUCCAUUGGAUCGUUCCGAUGAAGAACCACUUUGUAUGACCCAGUCAACUAUUUUCGAGCCACCGCACGCUUUUGGUCAUUCAAGUACUACCGCGGACAAUUUGGAGGCAUCUGCAUUUUCCCGCGGUCGAUUCUCAGACGCCGACUCCGAGUCAGGAAGUCAACGUGGUGGAUCUCUGGAGGAUUCUCAAAUAUUUGGAGAUGACCCCUUCCAAGACAACCCGGGGUACCUAGACUCGGUGAUUGACACUCAAUUCGAUGAUUUUGAUGAUGAUCAGUCACCGGUAAUACAUCACCAAGAAGAUCGACGGGCCGGGAGUAAAUGGAGAGGCCACUUGUCUUAUGGCCAACAAAGCUUGUAUCAGAGCCACCAAGCCGAAUACUCUGACGAACCCGUAAUACCGCCUGACAGCUAUCAUAUGUCUCAAACUUAUAACCCACAUCACAGCCAAAUCGGCUCUGAAAUUGACGAAAUCACGCAACCUACACAUCAUUACAAUGAUUACGACGAAAAUGAACAUAAUAAAAGAUCACAAUUGAGCGUAUCGUCCCAUCCCCUCAGUACAUCUCCUCCGCGCUCAGAGCCUGACAGUACGGGCUCACGAGAAGAAACCCCGAAUACCGAUCUCAACGAGUCUAAGCUUUUCUCCCACGAUGAAGCACAGAGUCUUUACAUGAGUGCUAUUAGCCAGGAUCCGAGUGAGAGCUUCAUGCCACACAUGCCAGGUGCAUGGGGCGAGCCCUCAUUUAACGGUGCAUCAAACUCCCAGAGUGCCUUUGAUGACCGAUCUAAAGUCAUCGCACCUAUUGAUCCAGCACAGUCCACCAAAAUCCUGGAUGAAGCGAAUUCGAGAUACACAGCCCCAUCAGAAGACAAUGUCACUGUCACUGAGCAGCAUGAUUUGGACGACCAAGUCAAAUCUCAGACAUUGCACAAGGACAUACCAUCAGCUCCAUCGUCUCCUGGGUUGCACAGAACCAAUGAAAUGAGGAAGUCAGUAUUGACUGUUGACAAGAUUUUGCUGUGGCUUUCGCCUCCUGCCUCUGAGGAAGAAGUGUCGGCCGAGCCGUCGCCUGUGCCACAAAAGGAGAGUGCAGACAGUAACCUAAAUGAAUCUACAGCUAGCUUCUGGGAUUCUGCACCCGAAGAAAGUCUACUUGCCUCUAGAACUUACAGAUCUACGAGGUUCGGAAGAGGUUUUGUUGAGGCACGGGCUCAGUCAAGUACUGGGAGUGAAAUGCCUGAAAUUUCUGUGGAAGUGUUCUCUGCCUCCGUACAUUUUGAUAUUGCCAUUGGUUGGCUUCUAACCAAGAUAGGACAGAAAUUGUCUCACACUCUUGGUACGGUUGAAAAGGAUCCAUCUGAGAAGCAGUCGCGAAAGGACAAGCCUGCGCGCACACCACCUGUCCAUAUUGUCGUACAUGCACUUUCAGUAAAAUUCAUCGAACAUGUUUCGGGGCAUAUGUAUUCGUCCGGCAAUAGCGGCUCGCCUUUGUCUCCACCCUACACCAUGGAAGAUGUAAUUCUUCGUCUUACUCUAUCUGGUCUGGAUGCUCGCCUUUCAGCUCAAAGUGCAACUACCAAGCUGAACCUUGACGUGUCCCGAUUUGCAUUUGGGUUCGCCUCAGAGGAUAUCAUAUUCUUUGAUGAAACAUUUAAGCUGCGUGAAUCUGUGCGUGAUGUUCCAUUCCAUUCGCAAGGAGAUAUUUCCAUCUCAUUGGUCAAGUCAGCAGAUCUGGCCAAGGUUGACAUCUCCACGCUGCCUCUCCACAUCAAUCUCAAUAUACAGCGUCUGGAAGAGGUCCUAGGCUGGAUGGGUGGCCUGAGCACCAUUCUCGAACUUGGAAUUUCCAUUUCGUCCGUGUCAACAGUCAAAGGCUGCCCACCACCUUCCAAACAGCGCCCCCGUGGUGUGCAUUUUGAGACACCCGCCCCAGCUGCUGACACGGCCAAGGGCACGGGAGUCUUAUGGAAGGUCAAUGCCCGAAUCGGUGCGAUUGUGUUGGAUGUUAAUGGUGAAACUCAUUGUCUUCAACUUUCCACGAGCGCUGUCAAAAUUGUCAGCAGGUUUGAAGGAAUUGGCAUUCAAAUAGACAAGGCGAAAAUGAUUGGACCGCUUUCAAUUGAUGAUAAUUUAUCUGAUGCUCCCGCCAAAAUCACGCUGAACAACAUCCGCCUUGAGUUCCUCUUUGCCCCGAAGGAGGUUGAUCUUGAUCGUCUUUUGACAUUGAUUACCCCGUCCCAGGACAAAUUCGAAGUGGAAGAUGAUAUCAUGCUAGACACACUGUUGCGCCAGCGACGACAAGGAUCUGUGCUUCGUGUGACAGUGGGGCGCUUGGAAACAUUCAUUUCAGACACCUGUGGGCUCGAGCCUCUCUCGUCUCUUGCUGUCGAGCUGAGUCGGCUUUCCAAUGUCACCAAGUAUUUGCCGGAAGAUGAUCGCCCUGGUAUUCUUACUUUAGUGUUAGUCCGUGACUUUGAAGGACAGUUCCACGUUGGCGGGGAAGUUGGGGACAUCAAAUGUCAAUUUAGCAAUGUUGAAGUUGCACACAUCACCAUGCCUUCGCUUACUGCGGCCCAAAUUGGAACGAUGAUCGUUAGUCGGAAUGACGACGAAGAGCUGGUGGGCCAUGCCCUGUGGCCACCGAACAAAUAUCAAGAAUCAGAUGAGUCCUACCCACCGGUACUCAUGGCUCGUUUCAUACCCGAUGAGAUGGAUCCUACCUACAAGAUCAAACUGCACAACCUCCUUGUCGAGUACACAGUACCAUCAGUCACGGCCUUCCUUGGAUUGGGUGGCGACAAGACGAGCGGGGAUUUGGCCAGUAGUAUGGUCAACUCUAUUGCCAAUCUUGCAGAGCACUCAAUGCCAUCACCUUUGAUGACAGGGCGAUCGAUGUCGAAUGAAUCCGGCUCCUCGCCAAAGCCAGUCAAAAUGGCAGUUGUGUUUAGAGACUGCGUUAUUGGCCUCAACCCUCGCAAUUCUCCCGCAAAGGGCCUUGCUGUCCUCACCAAUGCCAAAUUUGAAGGAAGUAUGCACGGAGAGGAGUCUGCCGAAGCAUCGUUGGAUAUCAGGAAAGCCUCGCUCAUGAUCAUCGACAACGUGUGGCAUGAAGGCUCUUAUAACUUGCAUCAACGGGGCUCGGCCGCUCCUCAAGACACCCAGGCCCAAGCGUAUAUUGAUAAAGGCUAUGUUCCUGUUUCUUCCAUUUCAGCGGCAACUGCUGGUGUCAAGCUCACCAGCUCCGAGGAUGGGACAAAGUCUUUGGACGUAGAGCUGAGAGAUGACCUAUUGAUACUUGAGACCUGCGCGGAUUCAACUCAGACGCUUAUCACCAUCAUGAAUGGGCUUCAGCCUCCAACUCCACCGAACGUCAAUGUCAAAUACCGAACAGAGGUCAUGCCCAUCCAAGAUAUGUUUGCCUCGUUUACCGGGGAUGCAUUUGCGGCUGAUCCCACUCUUCCCAAUGAUAGUGGUCUGGCAACUAUUUCUGAAGGAUCAUCCAGGGAAGAUCAGCUGACUGACGAACUUGAGUACGUCAGCGAUUUCUAUCCCAUAAAGGGCGGCCUUGGUGGUGUGGGUGUUGAAGGCAUGGAAGUGGGUUUCAAUGAUAUGCUAGACAGCUUCCAUUCCCAAUACCAAGUCUCUUCUAGCAUGACGGAAUUGGACUUCCAGGAGAAUCAUUUCGCAAAGAAAUCAGCUGUGGGUGGAACCGCUCAUCGGUGGGACUCUACCCAGAACACCUACGGCCUCACCAAUGACACGAAGCUGGAGCGGAGUCCUUUGCGCGUGCGCGUGCGAGACGUACAUUUCAUUUGGAAUCUCUUUGAUGGAUAUGACUGGCAGCGCACCCGUGAUACAAUAUCCAGAGCUGUCAAGGAUGUGGAAACCAAGGCCACAGAGCGCCGUUCCAGGGGCUCACGGGUGUCACCUGCGGCAGAAGAUGAAGAGGAGUCUGUCAUUGGCGAUUUCCUCUUCAACUCCAUUUACAUCGGUAUUCCAGCAAACAAGGAUCCACGGGAACUUCACCGCGAGAUCAAUCAUGACAUCGAUGAUUUCACUAGCGAGACCGGGAGCUACGCAACAACCACUACUGUCACUGGGGCUGGAGGUCGCCAGGGCCCGUCAACUAGGAGGGAGAAGAAAUUGCGCCUGCAUCGGAGCAAACACCACAAAAUGACGUUCGAGUUGAAGGGUGUCUCUGCCGAUCUGAUUAUCUUCCCACCAGGCACUGAAGAGACGCAGAGCUCAUUGGAUGUGCGGGUCAAGGAUCUCGAAAUCUAUGAUCAUGUUCCGACAUCCACAUGGAAGAAGUUCGCAACCUACAUGCGAGAGGCUGGCGAAAAAGAGAGCGGAACAAGCAUGGUUCACCUUGAAAUUCUGAUUGUGAGGCCUGUUCCUGAGCUAGCUGCAUCGGAGAUUGUCCUUAAGGCCACCGUUCUACCCCUCCGGUUGCAUGUUGACCAAGAUGCCCUCGACUUCAUGAGUCGAUUCUUCGAGUUUAGAGACGAGACUGCCCAACCAGCUGAUACCCCGGGCGAUAUUCCAUUCUUGCAGCGAGUAGAGAUAAACGCCGUACAAGUCAAAUUAGACUUCAAGCCUAAGCGGGUCGACUACGCAGGACUCCGGUCAGGCCGCACAACUGAGUUCAUGAACUUCUUCAUCCUGGAUGGCGCCGACAUGGUGCUACGACAUGUGAUCAUCUACGGAGUGUCCGGAUUCGACCGAUUGGGCCAAAGUCUGAACGAUAUCUGGAUGCCGGAUGUCAAGAAAAACCAACUUCCCGGUGUGCUCGCCGGUCUCGCGCCACUCCGCUCCUUGGUCAACGUCGGCGGUGGCGUGCGCGACCUGGUCGUCGUCCCAAUGCGAGAAUACAGAAAGGACGGCCGAAUUGUGCGCAGCAUUCAAAAGGGCGCCCUAGCAUUCGCCAAGACAACCUCCAACGAGCUGGUCAAACUCGGUGCAAAACUCGCCAUCGGAACGCAAACUGUCCUCCAAGGCGCAGAGGACCUCCUGACUGCACCCAACGCACCUGCCUUCGACGACGAUUCCCUCGACGAGGACGAAGCCAAGAAGAUCUCGCUGUAUGCUGACCAGCCGGUUGGGGUGGUACAGGGACUGCGUGGGGCGUUUAGCGGCCUCGAACGUGACCUGCUCUUGGCUCGCGAUGCGAUUGUUGCCGUACCUGGCGAGGUGGUUGAGAGUGGGAGUGCCAAGGCUGCGGCAAAGGCAGUCUGGAGGCGUGCGCCCACUGUCAUCCUCCGACCCGCUAUCGGGGUGUCCAAGGCUGUAGGACAGACUCUGCUUGGCGCGGGGAAUACCCUUGACCCGAGUAAUCGGCGCAAGAUGGAAGAUAAGUAUAAACGGUACUGA